CCGUUGUCCUUCUCGUCGCCGCCACCCUGUCUCAUCGCAUAUAGCCUGGGGACGCGCUCGCUCGUCCCCGUGCAACAGUGUCGGCCACCCAAUUCACGCAACGGCCUGCAUUCGCCCCGCCUCGAGGCAUAGCCACACAACCCCGCGUACACCCUGAGGGGAGGCGCCCCUUGCUUUUCGCACUCACCAUGGUCUUUGGUGGGCUAAGUGCGAUGUUCUACGGGGGGCAUCCCUACCUCUCGGUAGGCAUGUUCCUCCGUAAGGUCGAUAUGCGCACGGUCUUUUUCGCCACGGUAUUCGUGAUCGUGCUGCUGGUCCUGGCCUAUCUCACCAACCCAUCGGAGAAUUCAUUUCGACACUACCUCACGGAACAAUCUUUCCGACUACACCUCAAGCGGCUCGAUGAGAACAGCCAGGACGAUGAGGCCGACUCCAAGGACGGCGGCACACACGUCUCGCGUUCUCGGCGAUCGCUCCCAAUCGCACAUAAACCUGGCAGAGAUCACGACACACAAUCACCUUUCCAUUUCAUCAACCGCGCCUCUAUCUCCUUGCGCACCCCUAAGCAUGUUUUCCAUAGCUUUGGUGUCCUGACUAUCGCCGCCGUCUUUCCGAGCUCGCAAGGCAGUGCCACUAUGGGACCCGAUGCCGCUCAAUCAACGGCCAACGACUCAUGGUUCAUCGGUGCGUUCGGACGAUGGUGGCGUGGUGGCACAAUCCGAGCAUGGUGGCACGGUGCUCUCAUUGACCAGAAGGACGCUGAACGUCUGAACUCUGGUAUCUUGGAUCUCAAGGCGCUGGAUAGUUUGGAAAGCUAUGACGGCCUUCCUUUCGCUGCUGCGGCUUCUCUGCAUUUGCCUACUACAGACUCGGACAAGAAGCUCAGAGGCACAGAACGCUCAACGCAUCGCACCGUAACCAACUCUUCGCGAAGCACUACACCACCGCCACUGCCAAAGUCUGCAUCACUACCGCUACACGCGCCUCGCCCACCGACCACGCCACCGAAAGCUGAUCGUUCGCGCAGCGAAAUCAAUUCACGGACUAACCACACAUCACCACAAGUCGCCUCGUGCACUUCUAGUGAUGCUCUCAAACUCGCACCGAGCAUAUCUUAUUCGCCGUCUUCCACCUCGCUAUUCGACCAGUCUCCCGUGAUCGCUGAGAUUCUGCGGCAGAUAGCCCACUCGAGUGACCUCGUAGUCGACCUCCGCGGCCAACUUGCUGACUUCCGCGCUGCGGCGGCUCAGGGGCACGCAGCGAUUCAGAGCGAGCUCGACGAGCACCGCGCGCGGAAGCGCAGCGAAGAUGCGACUCGUGGGGAGCUCAAGACGAAGACGAAGACGCUGGAGGACAAGAAGCGUGCAGCGGAUAGUGGGAAGCGAGAGGCGGAGAAGAGGCUCAAAGUCGCUGAGAGCGCACGCGACAGCGCGAGUAGGCGUAUUGAACGUCUAGACAAGGAGAUUGCGGCCCUGGAGGGGCGCAUCAAGGAGGAUGAGGAGGCGGUGCAGACAGCGCGGGAGGAGGGGGAGAAGGCGGAGCGCGAGGCGGCGGAGGAGCUGGAGAGGAAGCGGAAGGAGAUCAAGGUUGCUGAGGACGUGAUUGUUGCUCUGAGCUCCCGUGCCAAGGAGCUCGAAGAGAAGAUCGCGCAGGAAGAAGAGAGGCUCAAGAAGUCAAAGGAGCAAGCGGAGCUGAGGAAGCAGGACCGGUCGUUCUAUCCUCUUCACGUCGUGCCGACGGUUGAGGAGGACGAUGCGACGCUCUGGUCGCCCACAACCGCUUACAGCCAAAGCCAAACUCAAGUGCAAGAUCCGCUCCCCACGUUCCCAACUGACAUGUCUUGUGGACUGGAGGUGUUCACGCCCUCUGUGCAGGUCACGGAGCCUCUGCCCGCGCGAGAGCCCAGGAGUUCAGCUGUCUCGCCUAGGCCUAUGACACUGUCUCUCGCUGGUAUUUCCAACUUCCGCGACCGUUUGCGCCCGGAGGGUAUCAGCAACGAAGCAUUCGUGCGGCCUCAGUUCCCCUUCCUCACUGCUGACAAGGCUUCUGCUUCGACCAUCUCGACUCGUUUCUCACCUUUCGCCGACACUGACACCGAGCCGACCGUAGCCAGUAUGCAGGGCGGCGAGGCCAUCUCGCCCCGGAGCACCUCACUCAUUCCGUCGAGCCUGAUAAGCUCGCUCGAGAGCAUCCCGAGCAUGGAGGACAUGUCACGGUCUUUCCAGUCAGACACAGACGACGUUAUGGAUCCUAACUGGCGUGCCCACCGCUCCCUGCAGCCACCCGUCGAACACCCGUCUUCGUUCACCGCCUCGCCCACGUCCAUCACAAACCCGUCGUUCGACGGCGUCGACAAGGAAGACCCCUUCGAGAUCCGCCUGCCUCCUCUGACCGUCAGGCGCCGCAUGACGAGCGAGACUCUGGAUAGCCCGCGUACGAUGAUGCCAGCGCCAAGUCGAACGAUCUCCGACCCGGAGUCGAUUCCGCAGGUUAAGUCGCACGUGCGCGCACUCGAGGGAGACGACAAGACGAGCAUCGCUCAUCGUCGCUGGAACUCUGUGGACCCGAAGGAGAGAAAGGGCCUCAACCCGGAGGCGAAGGUCUUCCGCCUCACGAAGAAGUCGCUCCCGUCGUUCUUCCCGCCCCAGUCCGCACCCCCGUCCGGCGGCGCGUCGUUCGACCCCGUCGUCGGGAAGCCGCCCGGGCUCAGCGUGCCCCAGAUCGUCGCGCCCGAGAACGACACGCUCUUCUCGUCGAUCAACAUGCGCGCGUUCGCGCCCUCGCCGGCAGAGCGGGAGGCGCUCCAGCGUGCGCUCGGCAGCUCGACGAACACCAGCCUCGAGCGUCUCCCCACGCUGAGCGAAGUGUCACUUAGGAGCAUACCGUCGUCGCCCUCGCAUGUCAACGCCGUCGCGGCGCCGCUUGGGCCGGAGGCGGCCAGCAGGACACUGCUACCUCCGGGGCUCUCGUGGCUCCAGUCGUUGCCGCGCGUGCGGAAGACUGCAUUCAGUCCAUGGGAUGAUGAAGUAGAGGAGGGGAAGGGAAAACGGGAGAGACGGUGAUAGAUGUGCUUAAGAUAUUUGGCCCUGCGUGUUGGGGGCCUUGUGCGAGUAUCUCAGUGUAACCGGGGGAAAGCGAGAAUCGAGAGGGGGGAACAAGCAAGAGCAACUGUGUUUGACGAAUAUAUAUCAGUAACGAUUUGAAAUGACAAAGCCGCUAUCUUCGAGCACGGCUGCAUGCGUAAGACGCAAGAAUCCUUUCCUCAACCAGGAAAAGGUUCCGCGAAGUGGGGACGGGACAGCCUCUGACGUCGGCCUGAUUGGCAAGGCACCUGUAUUUAUAUGUCUAGGGGCUCUCAGGCACCUCAUCGUGCAGCUGCGGCACGGUGUCAUCCCGGCGAGACCGAAGCUAGCGGCCGGCAGGUCUGUCCAACAAGGUAAGUAGCAUGCGGACGGGGAGGCUGCCGCAGCGUGAGCAAAGUCACGCCGUG